CUCUCUUCAAUUCAUAUCCAAACUCCCAAUAAUAACAAUGGCAUUCUUGUUUUUGCCAGAGCAACUCAUCUCCACGCUUGUGUUACUUCUAGUUCUAGCUUUGUACGUCAAGUGUAGUAGAUCGAAGAAUCCACUGUACAUCAACUGGCCAAUAAUCGGCAUUCUCCCUUCACUCGUCCUCAACUUCUACAGAUUCCACGACUAUGUCAACCACCUCCUAUCAUUCUCAGGGCACAGCUUCAAGGUGCCCAUAGCCAGCAUGGGCUCCUUCGUAACAUGUGACCCAGCCAAUGUGCAGCACAUCUUCACCUCAAACCAUGCAAACUAUCCCAAGGGUGAGGGCUUUGCCGACAUCUUCAACGUAACAAGUGGCUCCCUGUUCACUGCUGACGGCGAAUCCUGCCGCCGGCAACGUGCAAGGUACCAGAGUGCUUUGAGCAGCCCGGGGUUUGUUGCCUUCACGACCAAGUGCUGCCACGACAAGGUGGAGAAAGGCCUCCUACCCUUCUUCACAAGGGCGGCGAGGAACCGGACUCUCCUUGACAUUAAUGAUCUUAUAGGGAGGCUUGUUUUCGACUUGUAUGCCACGUCCGUCUUUGACGUGGACCCUGGUCUCCUGUCCUUUGACAUGCCGCCAGUGCAACUCGCGGAUGCAAUGGACACGGUCAUGGAGGUGGGCUUCUUCCAGAUCAUCGUUCCGGCAUUUUGCUGGAAAGUGAUGAGGUCCCUUAACAUAGGUCCCGAGAGGAAGCUCGCCGCUGCGCAAGCGGUGCUUCGCGGCUUCACCAUGGAAAUGAUUGAGACUAGGAGGAAGAUUGGCACCCAUAUUGGUCCUGAAGAACAAGCACCGGCUUCAUCCAGCAUGGACAUUCUUUCAAACUUUAUUGAUGACCUGGAAUACAACACCGAUGAUUUGCUCCAGGCAACACUCAUCACCCACAUGAUUGCCGGGAGGGACACGAUCAGCACAACCUUGCCAUGGGUCUUCUACAACCUUGCCAAGAACCCGCAUGUGGUGUCAAGGAUACGCAACGAACUAGCACCCCUUGUUUCACGCAAAGAAACUUUUAUUGCUAGCACUACAAUGACAUUUGAGCCAGAGGAGGUCAAAGCUCUGGUCUAUCUCCAAGCCACCUUGAUGGAGUCACUAAGGUUGUACCCGCCAAUCCCUAUUGAGCGCAAGGCGGUGGCCGCGAGCGAUGUGAUGCCGAGUGGCCAUGAGGUGUGUGCCCAAGAUAUCAUCAUCGUUUCCCUCUACUCCAUGGGUAGAAUGGAGGAUCUAUGGGGGGCUGACUGCAAAGAAUACAAGCCGGAGAGGUGGCUCUCAAAGGAUGGAGUGAUGCUUCGACAUGUGCCGUCUCACAAGUUCUUGGCAUUCAACUCGGGGCCAAGGUUGUGCCUUGGCAAGGACAUCGCUAUUACACAGAUGAAGACCGUUGUCGCUUCAGUCAUGUGGAGCUUUGACAUGGAGGUGUUUGGUGAUCAAGGCAUCGAGCCGAAGCUAUCUUGUCUUCUGCAAAUGAAGAAUGGGCUCAAACUGAAAGUACAGAAGCGAGAAAUGUAAUAUCUUGGGAUUCAUGAGAAUCUAUCAGGAUGAGAGAUUUAGAAAAUGAUUUUGGAUGAAUUGAGGCAUCCGUUCCACCGUCUUUUCACAACUAUAGUAGGGAGAGAGAGCAUUUGCCAACAACUAAGAUAUAGGAAACAUAAUAUAAGUUUCUUUUGAGCAA